AUGCCUCGACUUUUUACACGCUUCGAACAGAAGGUUCUCGACACGAGUCUCGAUUUCGGCAAGCCCACACAGUCUGAAAGCGAUCUCAAGAGUAAAAUCAGGCACCUCGGUCUGGUCGAUUGGGUCAAUUAUCUUAUCGACUCGGAAUUGACAGAGUCUAGUACAAUACCAUCUGCCAGAUCCAGUGCGAACCGAUCCCCCGCUGACGACCUCUCGGCACAAUUAAAUGAGCAAUGGAACAUUGCAAUUGGCGCGGAGGGGCCACCAAGCACUCCCAGAGCCCAAACGAGGCAGUCUACCCGUUCAACAAGGUCAAAGAAGAAACCCGCGAAGCUCCUCUAUAACAAAGACAAGCCUUUGCCGCCACUGCCGGAAGAGAGCGACCAGAGCUCUAGAGGAGGGCUUGACCAGCUGGAGCUCAACUGGGAUGGUCCAUUAGCCGACAAGAACUUCCUACUGAGCGGUACCGACCUCCAAGCCCGUCGUCGCGCUUCGGUCAUCCUCAGCAACCUCGCAUCAAGCACCGACGCGCCACUCAGUGAGCGCAGUCGAAAGGCCCUGUCGAUCAUCUCCGAUGCGCUCGAUAAAGAUGAUUGGGCAGGGUUCUGGGACGACACAAUGUUCUUGAAGACGGAGCUGACUGACUCGGGUGCCAGGAGCACCAUGAAGGACAAAGAGCAGAGGUACUCGGUCGCGACUACUGCGAUGUCGGUCUACUCGCAGGACUCGAUGGACCAUGACUUACAGGGUGGGGAGAAGUACAAAUACAAGGCCCCGGCUGAUGCACCGCCGGUCCCUGAAAUCCCUAAGGUUUAUAGGGACCAGGUUACGAAUGGGAGCGGGAACCCGAGGGAAGUCAAAGACUCGAAGCCCAAGGGUGAAAGACCCUCAUCUGGGAAGGGUCCUUCGAGCCUCUCGCGUGGGUUGACCAUGAAGAACCCUUCCGGUACAUCAGAUGGUUCCUCCUCCAAGUCCAGUGCCUCGAAAGACGCUGAAAGUAACUCGAGAGCACUGUCCAGGUCGAAGUCUUCCAGUAGUAGGAUCGAACCUCCCCCUGAUAAACCUUCCCGCAGCAAGACUAUCCCAGACAUCAAAGCCCCCACACCCUUACGACCCAACGCAGUUCCCACCUUCUUGACAAAAGAAUCAUCCGGGCGAGAUUCGACUUCGAACCGGUGGGUGUGA